ACUGCGCAGGCGCAGCAGGGAUCGUUCCGCGCGGGAUCCCUCCGCCGCGUGACCCCUCCGCCGCGUGACCCUCUAACCCUGCUGUCUCAGCGCGGCCAUGGCAGCUGCCAGGACUUUGGUGGCUCCCCGGUUGGCGGCGGCCUCCACGUUUGCGUCGCUCCUCUGCCUGCGGCCGCUGCUGUCCAGCCGACUGGCGCCCUCCCCUCGCGCGGCCCUCCACGGCUCCGCGCCGCGACCCGGGCCCAGGGUCGCGCUGGUGCUGUCCGGCUGCGGAGUGUACGACGGCACGGAGCUCCACGAGGCGUCAGCCGUGCUGGUGCACCUGAGCCGUGGUGGGGCCGAGGUCCAGAUCUUCGCCCCUGACGUCCCUCAGAUGCACGUGAUCGACCACACCAAGGGGCAGCCUUCUGAGAGCGAAAGCAGGAAUGUUCUGACGGAGUCGGCAAGAAUCGCCCGCGGCAAGAUCACCGACCUGGCCCAGCUCAGCGCAGCCAACCACGACGCCGCCAUCUUCCCGGGGGGCUUCGGCGCUGCCAAAAACCUGAGCACGUUCGCCGUGGACGGGAAGGACUGCAAAGUCAACAGGGACGUCGAGCGCGUCCUGAAGGAGUUCCACACGGCUGGGAAGCCUAUCGGCUUGUGCUGUAUCGCUCCCGUCCUCGCGGCCAAAGUGCUCCGCGGCGUCGAGGUCACCGUGGGCCACGAGCAGGAGGAAGGCGGCAAAUGGCCGUACGCUGGGACUGCAGAGGCCAUCAAAGCCCUGGGCGCCAAGCACCAUGCGAAGGACGUGACCGAAGUUCACGUGGACCAGAAAAACAAGGUGGUCACGACCCCGGCCUUCAUGUGUGAGACCGCGCUGCACCACAUCCACGACGGGAUCGGGGCCAUGGUGACCAAGGUGCUGGAGCUGGCCCGGAAGUGAUGCUGCCCGGCUGUGGGCUCCCCCAGCUCCAGGCGGAGCCGGCAGCCUCCUCGGCCUCCAGCCGUGUGUGAAGGGCAGGAAUUUACAUUCUACCGAAAUCUGUAGAUGUUUGCUACCUAAAAUCUUGCGACGUACUGGGGUCGGGUCGGUUGGUGUGUCACCAUAGAUUUGGCUCACUUCCUUCAGGGAGGAGGGAGGCAGGGCCCAUAUGCCGGGAGGGCGGUUAGUGGUCCUGUGGCCCUUCAGGAGGCGACAGUGACCGGCCCUGUGUGUCCCGCAGGUUAGCGCAGGGCCAGCCUGUCCGGCAGGGCCAGGAGGAUCGUGCAGCAGCCCUAGGCCUGGCUCACUUCCGAGCACGUCGUGUUUGGAAGGGACAGGCGGUGUUAGGCUUGUAAGUCUGGAAAUCAGAAAACCAAAAACACGUUUAUUGACAUUCUCUUUGGGACUAAGUGUGUAGCAAUGGCAGCGUUACGGGGAUUUCUGUGGCAGGCAGUCCCUUUGGCCACAGAGAAUAAAUUCCAGAGUGGUCACUGGCAGCUA